AUGGAGCCUGCGACACCAUUUGAUGUUUCCGCGAUCGCGUUCUCACCGGAUGGCAAAACGCUUGCGAGUGGCAGUAAUGUAGGGGCGAUUUGGUUACAACAUAUAGAUACAGGUGAAAUUAGGCAUUUUUCUUCCGUGCAUACGCGAGAGAUUUUUUCCAUAGCGUUUUCACCCGAUGGUAAGACGCUCGCCAGCGGCAGUCUUGAUAAAACAAUUGGCUUAUGGAAUCGAGAGACGGGUAAGUUGCGUAACCGUCUCAGUGGACACACGGAUACUGUCAACGUAGUUGCCUUUUCGCCCGAUGGCAAAACGCUCGCCAGCGGGAGUUCUGAUAGGACGGUGCGUUUAUGGAAUCCAGAGACAGGUGAACUGCAAGGCGUUUUCCUAGGACAUAAGCACGUUGGAAAUGUAUUAGCGUUUUCACCAGACGGUUGGACACUCGCCAGUGGCAACGCCGACGAUACAAUCCAUUUGUGGGAUGUUGGGACAGGGAAAGCGGUAUCAAUGCGUUAUGAAAGUGUCGGGGCUCCGACGGCAUUGACGUUUUCGCCGAACGGUCAGAUGCUUGCCAGUGGGAACGCUGACGAUACAAUCCGUUUGUGGGAUAUCGGAACCGGAAAACCGUCGUUGAUUCGUCGCACUCUCACCGGUGAUAAACACGAUGUGAAGGUGAUCGCGUUUUCUCCAGAUAACAGCUUACUCGCAAGUGGUGGAUGGGAUGAUCUUUUGUUAUGGGAUUUAAGGCGCAACCGCAGAUUACCAACUUUCCAAGAGGAACACUCUCCGAUACAAGCGUUGGCAUUUUCACCAGAUGGACGAAUGCUGGUAAGUGGAAGUGUUGACAGCAAGGUGAGAUUAUGGGAUGUCGCUACUGCUGCCUACCGUGUAACGCUCAGAGGGCAUACGGAGGCAAUCAAUGCCGUUGCAUUUUCCCCGGAUGGCAAAACCCUCGCCAGCUGGAGUGCCGACGGCACAAUUCUAUUAUGGGAUUGGCAUAGAAUCCGUACAGAUCGAUAA